AUGAAAUGCAACGAAUCGUCAACUAUACGGCUGUCGGCUGCAUGUCUCAUCGGACAAUGCUUAAGCCACUAUGAUCUAGCCUUCUUUACUUCUGAGCGGGUUUCCGAAGUUAUUGCUUGGUGCUGUUGGCAGUUGCGUGACAAACAAUUAACAGAAGAUGUUGCACUACAGGCAUCGAAGAUUUUGAUGGUCCUAUCACACCAUCUGACGAAUGAGCAGUUUACAGCAUUAGUGGAAAAACUGACAACUAUUUGUCGAUUCGAGAUCUCUCGUCAACCAAAUGUCUCUCUGAAGCGUUGCACCUGCUUCAAAAUGGCUGCUGCUCUGGUCGUACACGAAGAAAAUAGUUCCAAGAUUGAUACUGUUGUAGAUCGUUUCCUUCCUUUGCUCAAUCGUGAAAUGAACCGAAAGUCAUCUAAA